GCUUUAUCUAGGAAUUUCAUGAAACGAAGUAGGCAUUGCAGUUAUUCUAAUCUCCUUUGUUUUGAUAAAAAUCUCAAAAAUAUACAAUGCUCUCCGCCGAGGAACGAUCCAUUAUUCAGCAGUGGCUGAUUCAGUUUCGGCUUUCAAGUCCUGUUCGCAAAGUUUGCCGCGACUUGUCCGACGGAGUAUUAGUCGCGGAACUUCUGCAUCAGUUGUUCCCACGGUUGGUGGAUUUGCACAACUACACGAAAGGUUUUGCCAUCGCGCGCAAGCUGGAUAAUUGGGAAACCCUCAACAGGAAGGUGCUGAAAAAGCUUGGAAUCUACUUGACACCGGAUGUUAUUCAUACCGUUGCGAAUGGAAGCAAGGAUGUCGUGUACGAUGUCCUUCUAGAAAUAAUGAUUAAAGCAGAGCAGCAGGGAAUUGAAUGUCUCUAGGGUUUCAGAAGAAAAAAUUACAUUAUUGUACGAUUAUUGAAUUAUAUUUUUCUAAUUGCUUUUA